AGUCGAGGUACGUACCGAACCGUGACCUAGAAAUCGAGGUACGUACCGAACCGUGACCUAGAAACCGAGGUACGUACUGAACCGUGACCUAAAAAUCGAGGUACGUACCGAACCGUGACCUAGAAAUCGAGGUACGUACCGAACCGUGACCUAAAAAUCGAGGUACAUACUGAACCUGUGACCUAAAAACCGAGGUACAUACUGAACCGUGACCUAAAAACCGAGGUACGUACCGAACCGUGACCUAAAAACCGAGGUACAUACUGAACCUGUGACCUAAAAACCGAGGUACAUACUGAACCGUGACCUAAAAACCGAGGUACAUACUGAACCUGUGACCUAAAAACCGAGGUACAUACUGAACCGUGACCUAAAAACCGAGGUACGUACCGAACCGUGACCUAGAAACCGAGGUACGUACCGAACCGUGACCUAGAAGUCGAGGUACGUACCGAACCGUGACCUAGAAAUCGAGGUACGUACCGAACCGUGACCUAGAAACCGAGGUGCGUACCGAGCCGUGACCUAGAAAUCGAGGUACGUACUGAACCUGUGACCUAAAAACCGAGGUACGUACCGAACCGUGACCUAGAAACCGAGGUGCGUACCGAGCCGUGACCUAAAAACCGAGGCACGUACCGAACCGUGACCUAGACGUCGAGGUACGUACCGAACCGUGACCUAGAAACCGAGGUACGUACCGAACCGUGACCUAGAAAUCGAGGUACGUACCGAACCGUGACCUAGAAACCGAGGUACGUACCGAACCGUGACCUAGAAACCGAGGUACGUACUGAACCUGUGACCUAAAAACCGAGGUACGUACCGAACCGUGACCUAGAAACCGAGGUACGUACCGAACCGUGACCUAGAAAUCGAGGUACGUACCGAACCGUGACCUAGAAAUCGAGGUACGUACCGAACCGUGACCUAGAAACCGAGGUACGUACCGAACCGUGACCUAGAAACCGAGGCACGUACCGAACCGUGACCUAGACGUCGAGGUACGUACCGAACCGUGACCUAGAAACCGAGGUACGUACCGAACCGUGACCUAGAAAUCGAGGUACGUACCGAACCGUGACCUAGAAACCGAGGUACGUACCGAACCGUGACCUAAAAACCGAGGUACGUACUGAACCUGUGACCUAAAAACCGAGGUACGUACCGAACCGUGACCUAAAAACAGAGGUACGUACCGAACCGUGACCUAAAAACCGAGGUACAUACUGAACCGUGACCUAAAAACCGAGGUACAUACUGAACCGUGACCUAAAAACCGAGGUACAUACUGAACCUGUGACCUAAAAACCGAGGUACGUACCGAACCGUGACCUAAAAACAGAGGUACGUACCGAACCGUGACCUAAAAACCGAGGUACGUACCGAACCGUGACCUAAAAACCGAGGUACGUACUGAACCGUGACCUAAAAACAGAGGUACAUACUGAACCUGUGACCUAAUAACCGAGGUACAUACCGAACCGUGACCUAAAAACCGAGGUACAUACUGAACCUGUGACCUAAAAACAGAGGUACGUACUGAACCUGUGACCUAAAAACCGAGGUACAUACUGAACCGUGACCUAAAAACCGAGGUACAUACUGAACCGUGACCUAAAAACAGAGGUACGUACCGAACCGAAAUGUUUGUGAACCGUUACUCCCCUAGCAACAACAAAAACCAUACUCUGCAUAAUUCACUCUGAUCCUUUACCUCCUGACACUCGGCUUAUUUUCUCCUUCAUGUUUUUAAAUGAAAGAUAUAGUAACCGGUUAAUACAGCUCAUAAACAUUGAUCUUUAAUAUACAAUUCACUUAAUUUAUGAACAUAACGCAUUUACAUUCAUAAACCUGGGAAGUGCUUUUGUUAAUAUUUCUUUAUUUCAUUAUACUAAGACGACUGUUUCUUAAAGAAUGGGAUGUCUUCUGCUAGUUUUGUUUUUAAUCUUAUUAAAGGUCACUUCUUAAAUAAAAUCCCCUGAACUAAUAAUGGUUUAACAUCGAUCAAGUUUAUUUUCUAGAGUAAAAAUAUUAAACUGGUUCCCAUUCAUUUCAUGUUUUCAAAGAUAAUGAAACAGAAGGCAGAUAUUAUGAUGAUACACAAUAAAGAACAACAGAGCAGUCAUGUUGAGCUACACAUUUCAAACCUGAACAUCUGAUUGGAUUAGAAAUGGAUUUUUCUCAUCAUGUGUUCUUUAUUCAGACUGAGGUACUGCAGUCUGACAGAGAUCAGCUGUGCUGCUCUGGCCUCAGCUCUGAAGUCCAACCCCUCCCAUCUGAGAGAGCUGGACCUGAGUUACAACAAUCUGCAGGAUUCAGGAGUGGAGCUGCUGAGAGAUCUUCUGGAGAGUCCACUCUGCAGACUGCAGACUCUCAGGAUCAAUAGGGAGACGAUCACAGCCAAGAUCCAGAAGAACUGGGACUCUGAUGUGGAACAGGAAGUGGAGACAGACAGAAAGGUCUGAGAGGGUUACCUGCUGACCCGUGUCCAUCUCAACCAGUGUCUGCAGGCAUCCCAUAAUCCUGCGUUUGGGUGUUUCCUGCAUUAGGGUGGGAUAACGUUCUCCGUGUGAUCAAAGCUCUGGGUUCUCUGGGUUCUCUUGGAAACGCCCUCCGACGACAAAGUCAGAAGAAGGAAUAUUUUUCACCUCUUGAUGUUUUUCACUCCGGGUUAGGGUUCGGGCUCCAUGUCCAAUCAAAAGCUUCCAUUGGUUUAAAACCAGCUCUGCCUGGUGUCUUUGAAAUGGUGCUGAUAAAGGAUGCAAUAACAGUUUAUGUGCAAUAUAUGAACAGAAAUAUGACAUCAUUAAUAACUGCAAUAUUUAUCUGGCUCCAUAUCUCACUACAGGAUGUGUAUUUUGUAAACUGUGUGUUUUUCUUUAUCUUAAUAUUUUUUAAUGCAUAUUCUCUUUUGUAAAUCUGUCUUUGGCUCUGUUGUUGCUGUAGCACAUUUAAUUGUCCCCUCUGUGGGACCAAUAAAGGGAUUCUGAUUCUGAUUUGAAAUGAAUAAUAAAUAAAUAUCAAUCGAAAACA